AACCCUCGAAAUGAGACCUCUUCCGCUUCGAUCCAUCACCAAUAUUCACAGAAUUCAUUGUUUCAGCUGGAGCUCCGCCCUAACACAGCAUAUUAGAUUCAUCGCGUCUGCACCCAGCUCAUCAACGUCCAAGCCAUCUAGCUCAACCCCAACCCAAUCACACUUCCACUUAUCCAACAAAACAAGUCUCGUAACUGGCGCAUCCCGCGGUAUCGGCGCAGCCAUCGCUCACGCUCUUGCAAAAGAAGGCGUGAGAUGCAUUUUGGUCGGCCGGAAUAGAGACUUAUUGGAAGGUGUGAAGGCAAGCCUGGAUAGUGUUGAUGAAGCCGAGGAGAAAAGUCAUAAAGUCCUUGUUGGCGAUGUUGGAGAAGGAGCCUUUUGGGAGGGUAUUAGAAAGGAGGUAAAUAUCGACAUUCUCGUCAACGCAGCAGGUAUAACGCACUACUCGCCUCUUUUCGUCACGAGCCCUACUUUGCUCGACGAAGUGCUGCAAACGAAUCUCAUGGGUACGAUGAUGGGGUGUAGAGCUGUCGGCAAGGGAAUGCUGAGUAGGAAAGGUGGAUGCAUCAUCAAUGUGGCAUCACUUCUAGGAGUCAAAGGUGGAAAGGGAAGUUCAGCAUAUGCAGCGAGCAAAGCUGGUGUCGUUGGCUUGACAAGAGCACUGGCAGCAGAACUAGGCGAGAAAAACAUUCGCGUCAACGUAAUCCUACCCGGUUACAUCGAGACAGAUAUGACAGAUGCCAUGACGCCAGAUGCUCGAGCAGCAGCCCUCAACUCCAUUCCCCUGAAACGUUUUGGACAGGCCUCUGAGAUCGCUGAUGCCGCUGUAUUCCUGGCUAGGAACAAAUAUGCAAAUAAUUGCGUGCUCAAUCUCGAUGGUGGAUUGAGUGCCAUAUGA